AUGACCGCCCAAGAUAUCACCUUCAAUCCCCGAACGGAGCUCCUCCCCAAUAUUGUCGACCACUAUGCCAAAGUGAAACCAGACGCGUUAUAUGCAGAAUAUCCCAAGUCUCCCUUGACCUAUGAGCAUGGAUAUCGCCAGGUCACCUUCCGAGACUUGGCCAAUGCGGUCAAUGGCGUGGCCGCCUGGUUGACCGAGAAAUUGGGACCUGGGAAUGGCGAAAUCCUGCCAUAUGUCGGUGCUAACGACGUGAGAUACCCGGCCCUCGUGCUGGGUGCUGCCAAGGCCGGAUAUGUCAUGUUUUAUACGUCUCCUCGAAACAGUGUCGUAGCCCAUGAGAGCCUAUUCAAGGAAUUAAAUUGCACUAAAUUCCUAUCACCUACCCCGCGUCCUCCUCCAGUAACUGCCAUCCUGGAUGCUUUCAAGAUGGACGUUCUCGAGGUGCCGAGUGUAGAUGAGCUGUUGAACACCCCCUACCCCCAUUUCGAAUUCUCGAAGACGUAUCCAGAGGCGGCCGGGGAAAGACUUGUGGUGGUGCACACAUCAGGCUCGACCGGCAUUCCCAAGCCGAUCUUUUGGACCCAUGACGCUGGCAACAAGAACAUGGAGAUGGGCAUUUUAGACGCACCGGAGGGAUUUGAGGCCCAGGAUCGUUGGAUGAUGACCAAGAGGAUCUUCUCGGCACUACCACCGUUCCAUGCGGCAGGCUUGGCCAUGCUAUUGUUUCUUGUUAUGCCUGUAGGCGGCACGGUCAUCUGUCCGACAUCCGCUGGUCUCCCAUCCGCGGCAGGUCUGGUGGAGGUCAUGAAACACACACCCGUUGAGGCGGCCUUGGUCGCUCCGUUUAUGGUCCUGGAGCUGGCACAGAGCCCAGAGCUUCUCGAAUAUUGCAGUCAGCAUCUAGAGCUCCUUGCGUAUGCCGGCGGAGAUCUACCCCAGGCGAUCGGCGACGCGGUGGCAUCCAGGGUCCGCCUCAUCAACCGAUAUGGAGCCUCGGAGAUGGGCCUGCUGAACCUGGUUCAUUCCGACACCUACCGAGACCGGCUCAAGGACUGGAGAUACAUGCACUUUCACCCUGCCCUAGGAGCCGAGUUUCGCCAUGUGACUGGAGACGAGUACGAGCUGGUCUUCGUGCGCUCUCCUGAGCGGGAGCCCCAUCAAAUGAUGUUCACCCUGUUCCCAGAGCUACAAGAGUAUCACACACGGGACCUCUUCAUCCGGCAUCCGGAUGAAAGCAAGGCUGACCUCUGGCGCUAUAGCGCCCGAGCAGAUGACGUGGUAGUCUUCCUCAACGGGGAGAAGACGAAUCCCGUCUCAAUGGAGCAACACAUUACUGCUUCCAAUUCGGAAGUGACUGGGGUUCUCGUUGCUGGUGCCCAGCGGUUCCAGGCCUCUCUCAUGAUCGAAUUUGGUGGUAAGGAUCUAAACCCCAGCGAACGAGCCGCUGCUAUUGAAAAGCUCUGGCCGAGUAUUGAGGAGGCCAAUGCCGUCUGCCCGGCACACGCUCGCGUCGCGAAAACGCAUAUCUUGUUCACCACGUCUGAAAAGCCGAUGCUGCGCGCCGGCAAGGGUACAAUUCAACGAGCUGGAACUUUGGAUCUGUACGCGCAGGAGCUUGAAUCCUUGUAUGCGGACGCAGAUCGAUUGGCGUCCCACACAGAUGGCGAAUUGGCCGGUCCGGGUCGAGUCAACGAUGCGCAAGUGGUGUCGGACUUCAUUCGACAGUCCCUAGUUUCCAUCGCAAAAUGGGAUAAUCUCAGCGACGAGGACAACUUCUUCAACCUGGGAUUGGACUCGCUGCAGGCCAUCACAGCAGCUCGAUGGCUCAAGCGCGGCUUAGACUUCCCCAGCUUUACCACGAAUCUGAUCUAUCUCCAUCCGUCAGUUUCGGAACUAACGCAGGCUGUUCUUCAGCUCCAGCAACAUCACGAGGCUUCCGAGGAAACCAAGAAAGAUGCACAGCUUCAGGCUAGAAGCAGCGUACUGCAAGAAUUUCAAGACAUGCUCAAAACCUCCGAGGCCCAGACGGUGGUCCUGACGGGCUCCACCGGCACUCUGGGUACAUACCUAUUAGACUCACUGCUGAACAAUCCCUCAGUGGCCCACGUCCACUGCCUGAACCGAAGGUCUGACAGCCGUGCCAUCCAGCACGAGAAGAGCAGUUUCUAUGGCUUGGGCUCUUCCCUCGAUUCUUCCCGCGUCAGCUUCUGGACUGCGGAUCUCUCGCAACCAGACCUCGGUCUCAACGCCGACGUCUUCAAGACCCUCCAGAAGACCACAACUCUCGUGCUCCACAACGCCUGGGCCGUCAACUUCAAUCUUUCCCUCUCAUCCUUCAAGCCCCACUUGGCAGGGGUCGUGAAUCUCGCCAACUUCAGCUCGUCCGGCACCCAAUCGCCCCGUCUCUUCUUCAUCUCCUCCAUCAGUUCCGUAAUGGGCCAUCGCACCGCAUCUGCUGUGACGCCAGAGGAAGUGAUCCAAACGCAGGGGCCGGGCCCUAACAGCUACGCCGACAGUAAAUAUCUCGCAGAGCAGCUGCUGGACAGCGCCGCCCGGGAGCGUGGUCUCCCGGCCUCAAUUGCUCGAGUCGGCCAGAUCGCCGGCGCAGCGCGGUCCCCCGGCCUCUGGAACAAGUCCGAAUGGUUCCCCAGCUUGGUCCUCAGCUCCCUCCACGUAGGCGCCAUCCCCGACUCCCUCGGACCCGCCCUGGACCGAAUCGACUGGGUGCCCAUCGACCUCCUCGCCGAAAUCCUGGUGGACCUGGCGCUCCAGAAACCCUCCUCCCGGGGUCUCGUCGAUGUCGCCCACCCACUCAACCUCUCGCCCACAACCUGGGAGGAAAUCCGCCCCGUGGUCUCCGACGCUCUCUCCACCUUCGCCGGAAAACCCCUUGACGUGGUCCCCUUUUCGGAGUGGAUUUCGCGCACUCUGCUGGCACAGAACCCGGCGGCCAAGUUGCUGGAUUUCUUCGAGACGUCGGCGUCCACCUCCGAGCCGGGCAAUGUGCUGGACACGCAGAAGACAGCGCAGCGGAGUGAAAAGCUACGGGCUGUGGACGCGAUCAAGCCUGAAUGGAUCCGCAAGUGGGUUCAAGAGUGGUUGUAA